AUGUUGCAAAGAGUAAUAGAGACGACAACGACGACGAUACCCCGAACUAUCAUAGUCAAACUAGCCACACCAUUACUUCGAGAUACAUUUUUGGCGAAGGUCAAACGAUUUAACAAGGCAAAUCCAAAUGAUAAAAUUAAUACUAACCACAUAGGCAUUGGUGGAACUAAAAUGCCCGUUUACGUUCUUGAGCAUUUGUCUCCUACAAACAAGAAAGUGCAUGCAGCAGCCCGACAAAGAAAGCCCGAUAAAGAAUUGAAAUUUGUAUGGAUUAAACAAGGUUGA